AUCCUGCUGAACCCCUUUUUUUCGCCACUCUCCGCUGGCAAACAGUCCAUUAAACUUGGAGAUUCCGGCAAUUUGAUGAGCAUGUUAAACCCUCAAAGCUGUAGGCUGAAUACAAUCUCACCUAUUCCGAAAUUACACGUGAAAUUCACGGGUAGCCUAAUCCAUCAAGAUGAGCUUCAACUCUAAGAACCUAAGUUAUGAAUCCAAAGAACCAAACUUCCUUCGAAGACUAAAGUCUCAGUAUGUGGGAGGAGAUCCACAGAAGCAUGCGCGCUCUUCAGUCGUGCCAAGCAGGCUUCGCAACGAAGAUGAAGAUGAAGAGCCAACAUAUGUGGAGGAGGGGAGUAAUGAGAACAUCACCAAGGCUGAAUAUGAAGCGUUGACCAAGGGCGAAAAUGAUGCAAAAAAGAGUACGGAGCCAGCGAUUUCUGAGGACGCAACUAGUUCUAACCCUUCUAAAACUGAAACUGAGUCCGAAGCUCGUGACGAGACGCCCAUCAGAUCUAAAGAAAUAGUUGCUGGUGUAGGUGGUAGUCAGAAGAAGAGAAAACCUGUGAAAACAGUCGGGCAAGAUGACGAGGAAGAGGAAGAGCCUUCUGAAAUCCGAAAUGCGCCUAAGAAGAAGAGUAAACGGCCCAAGAAGGCUAUCAAGCUCUCCUUUGACCAAGACGAUUGAUCGUCUUGACCAUGGGUUUGUCUUUCAUCUGCACAAGAGCGGCUAGUAUCUUUAAAAUUUCCUAGAGAGUCCAUUACGCGGGUAAUUCCUUGGUUCCCUAGGGGGAAAGGGACAGAUUAUCAAGGAUUCUCGAAGUCAUUCGUGCUUGAACAGGCUGUUUUCUUUGGGAGGCCCAGUAACCCAGAUUUGCAGAUAUAAUCAGUCUGUGCUGGACACAAUUGCGAGGCCAAUAUCGAGCUAACAGUCGUGUCAAAUGAGUGUGAAAACAUGAAUAAAUACGG